AUGGAUAAAGAGUGUUGCUCAACUCACCUCAUAGACGGGGAUGGUAAUUUCAAUGUCGAAGGGGUUGAUCUUUUCAUGAAGGAGGUUAAACUUUCAGAAUGUGGACUUUCUUAUGCUGUAGUAGCCAUCAUGGGCCCUCAGAGUAGCGGGAAGAGUACAUUGAUGAAUCAUCUGUUUGGUACUAAUUUCAGAGAAAUGGAUGCUUUCAAGGGAAGGUCCCAAACCACUAAAGGUAUAUGGAUGGCUAGGUGUGUCGGGAUGGAACCCUGUACCGUUGUCAUGGAUUUAGAGGGUACUGAUGGAAGAGAACGAGGAGAGGAUGAUACUGCUUUCGAGAAACAAAGUUCUCUUUUUGCCCUUGCUGUAUCGGAUAUAGUAUUGAUAAACAUGUGGUGUCAUGACAUUGGCCGUGAGCAAGCUGCAAAUAAACCUCUUUUGAAAACUGUGUUUCAGGUUAUGAUGAGACUAUUUAGUCCGCGUAAGACAACCUUGUUAUUCGUUAUUCGUGAUAAAACAAGGACACCUUUGGAAAACCUGGAACCAGUUUUACGGGAAGACAUUCAGAAGAUAUGGGAUUCUGUCCCGAAACCAGAAGCUCAUAGGGAAACUCCAUUAAGCGAUUUUUUCAAUGUUGAAGUUGUCGCUCUCUCUAGUUUUGAAGAAAAAGAAGAGCUAUUCAAAGAGCAGGUGGCGAGUCUAAGACAACGAUUUCACCAGUCUAUCGCUCCUGGUGGGCUUGCCGGUGAUAGGCGUGGUGUAGUUCCAGCUUCCGGUUUUUCGUUCAGUGCACAACAAAUAUGGAAAGUCAUAAAGGAGAACAAGGACCUUGACCUGCCUGCUCACAAGGUUAUGGUUGCGACUGUCCGUUGUGACGAGAUUUCUAAUGAAAAGUUCUCAUCUUUCAGUGAAAAUGCGGAAUGGCGUGAAUUAGAAGAGACAGUACAAACUGAACCAGUGCGAGGGUUUGGGAAAAAGCUGACGUCAAUUAUGGAUGCUUGUUUAAAAGAGUAUGAUUUUGAAGCCACAUUUUUUGACGAAGGUGUGCGAACUGCAAAGCGAAAAAAUUUGGAAGAUAAGCUUUUACAGCUUGUCCAACCUGCAUACCAAUCCAUGUUGGGACAUAUACGCUCUGGAGCCUUGGAUAAGUUCAAAGAAGCAUUCAACAAUGCCCUAAACGAGGGAAAAGGAUUCUCUGCAGCUUCUCGCGAUUGUGCUAAGCAUUGUAUAUCACAGUUUGAAGAGGAGGCUGAAGGCGUUCAUAUCGAACAAUCAAACUGGGACUCUUCUAAAGUGAGGGAGAAACUCGGCCGAGAUAUUGAAGCACAUACUGAAUCAGUUCGGACUGCCAAGUUGUCUGAGCUUACUAGCACAUAUGAGACAAAGUUAGACGAGGCGUUGUCUGCACCCGUUGAGGCUUUGUUAGAUGGAGCUAGCAAUGACACAUGGCCGGCAAUCAGAAAGCUUCUCCAGCGCGAGAAAGAAAAGGCUGUUUCCGGAUUUUCCGGUUCACUUACUGGUUUUGAAAUGGAUAAUGCAACAAAAGAUAAGAUGGUGUCGAAACUGGAAACGCAUGCAAGAGGGAUCGUUGAAGCAAAGGCGAAAGAAGAAGCUGGAAGAGUUUUGAUCCGUAUGAAAGACAGGUUCACAACGCUGUUUAGUCACGACGCUGAUUCAAUGCCACGUGUCUGGACUGGGAAAGAAGAUAUUCGAGGAAUAACUAAAACGGCUCGUUCUGCUUCGCUGAAGUUGCUAUCGAUUAUGUCUGCUAUCCGGCUGGAAGACGAUGGUGAUAAUAUCGAGAGUUUGUUGUCCCUUGCUCUUAUGGACCCGAAAGCUGCAGCUUCGGGGAAUAAGAGUAUUACAGCAGACCCUCUGGCCUCGAGCAGUUGGGAAAAGAUUCCGCCACCGAGAACCUUGUUAACACCGGUCCAGUGCAAAUCCCUAUGGAGGCAGUUUAAAACUGAGACAGAGUAUACAGUUGGUCAGGCAAUCACUGCUCAGGAGGCCAACAAGAGAAGCAACAACUGGUUGCCACCUCCAUGGGCGAUUUUCGCGUUGCUUAUCUUGGGUUUUAACGAAUUUAUGACCCUUUUAAGAAAUCCUCUGUAUCUUGGUGUCUUUUUCAUGAUAUUUCUGCUCCUCAAAGCCGUCUGGGUGCAAAUGGAUGUGGCCAAUGAGUUUCGCCUCGGAGUUUUACCUGGAAUUAUAUCAGUAUCCACCAAAUUCCUUCCUACUAUAAUGAACCUUGUAAAGAAGCUAGCCGAGGAGGGGACGUCGGCUGCUACUACGAAUCCUAAUCGAAACGCGUCUACUCAAUCGAAUUCCUCUGAGGUAAAUUCAUCUGGCUCUGCACACAACAAAUCGCAGUAAUCAACCAGCCAAUUUAUGUGCACAAUGUUGAAGAUGUUGUUUACUUGUAGGUGUAUUUAUGGGGGUGGUUUAUGAUUUAGAAAAAAGCCACAUUUUUCUAUGUU